AUGAACACUAUAAGAACAUCCAUUCCUCGCUUACCUGCAUUUCUCCGCAAGAAGCCAUUUCCAGUGCCUUCUCCAGGACCGCCUUUACCGCCCGGCAUACUCGUCGAUGAAGAGAUCUCGCCAGGAUACAAUUCCAAGCAUUUCUACCCAGCGAAGCCUGGAGAGGUUCUCGCGGAUCGCUAUCAAGCUUUGGUAAAGCUUGGCUGGGGCGUGUCUUCAACAAUAUGGCUCGCGCGUGAUUUGGAAGCACGUAUAGAAGAUCCAGAGAGCGUAGUGGCACUAAAAAUAGCCAACAAUAAUGCCAGCUUCGCUAGUCAUGAGCGUGAGGUUGAGGAGCACAUCUCCACGGCUGAUCCGUCACAUCGGGGUCGUUCGCUUAUGCGGACCUUACUGGGCUCUUUCGAGGUUAAGGGUCCAGAAGGUUCUCAUUCGUGUCUUGUGUAUCCUCCUAUGAGGGAGACGUUAUCGAUGUAUCAGCAGCGCUUUGACCAUAGAAAGAUACCGUUGCCCCUUGUCAAGACAAAUAUUCGUGCUCUUCUUACAGGGCUUGAAUACCUCCACAAGGAAUGCAGGACAGUCCAUACAGACCUGAAGCUUGAUAACAUCAUGCUCUCAUUCGAAGACCCGACAGUGCUUGCUGAGUUUAUGGAGACACAGCUUGAGAAACCAAUGGCUUUCAAAGUUGAUCCAACAGGACGACCAGUGUAUCAGUCCCGUAAUGACUUCGGACCGCUCAAAGGCCUACGGAGUAUUCCACAGCUCGUUGACUUUGGGUUGGCAACUAAUCUCGAGCAAGACGAUGACUGGGGUGUCUGGCCUAUUCAGCCAGACCGCUACCGGGCUCCAGAGGUAAUACUAGGUAUUGGAUGGCAAAUGUCUGCGGAUAUCUGGAACCUCGGGGUAUUGUUAUGGGAUUUGAUCGAAGGCAAAGAGCUAUUCCAGCACAUUCGUGACAAACGAGGUCGCUACGAUGCUAAACUACACUUAGCUGAGAUGAUAGCUCUUCUUGGUCCACCUCCCCCAGAGAUAAUGCAAAGGUACCAAUACAUGAGGGAAUACUCAUGGCCGGAGCCUGUCAGGCGAGGAGAUGGCAGAGUAUGCGUGGCCGCAGAGGAGUACUUUUGUGGACCGUUCUUUGACGACAAUGGCCGCUUUCUCUACGAAGACCUGAUCCCCGACCGGAAAUUAGACGACACAGUCCACUUUCUUGAGGAUAGGGAGAGGGAAGCAUUUCUGGAUCUUGCUAAGGGAAUGCUUACCUGGCAUCCAUAUAAGAGGAAAACAGCAGGCGAACUGGCUGAACAUCCUUUCCUUCAGCAACAGCAACCGACUGCCUGA